AUGGAUUCUGAAUAUCAACAACGUGUCCCACUUACUGCUUCAAAUAGACGACGUCGUGAAUUGGAUGUAGACCAUCAACGGGGACAAGGGCGUGAGCGAGGACGAGGUCAAGGUCGUGGUCGAGGUCGUGAUCCAGUUUCGGUAGAAUAUGAUAUUCCCAGUGCCAGUCAAAGUGGGGGCCGAAACCAAAGACGAGUUGAAGGUUAUGAUAUGCCUGACAUUGGUGUGGAGGAUACCUCUUUACCUGAUUCUCCUCCUGUCCAGGAAGAGUACCUUACUCAUGCUUUUCCAGGUGGACCGAAUGAUCCGUCAAUACUGCGGAGUUUCAAUAGUCAUGUGGCUGCAGCUAUUUGGCACGGGGAGGAACGAGGGCCCCUAAAGUGUCAUAAUCACUCUUCCAAGAUCCUUGCAUGGCCAUGGUGGUUAGUAGAGAACAACACCAGAUUCAAAGCCAUUAUUGAGCAGUCUGGACUGUCACAGUUAGCUCGUUGCACUUAUCGGUUCGUCAACAAGCUUCUAGCCUCAUGUUUUGUUGAGAGAUGGCAACCUGAGACGAACACAUUUCACAUGACAGUUGGUGAGAUGACCUUGACCCUGGAUGAUGUUGGCACUAUUCUUGGCCUUCCCAUUGUAGGCAAAUCAGUCAGCAUACCAGAUGUGACAGAUCAUCAUGGAGUUACAUUACUCGUUUAUGGCUUGGGGAUUACUGAACGUGCAGCAUAUGAAGAGGUUUCUUCUACUGAUGAACCGCGUGUCCAUGACCAUCAGGAUUUCAGCGAACAUGCGGAUGUAAUCUAUUAUCCUCUCUGA